CACUUUUAAGAUAAUUUAUGGAGCAACCUGAUGAGCUUAUUGGCCAAGUUGCAUGGUUCUUUUAGAGUCGGAUCCUACCUGGGUGGGGGGGUUGUCUCCCUCCCGCUCCUACGCGCUGGGGGCACACCGAUAUUGCAGAGUAACUACUGGAGAGUGACUUGUAAGAAAACCAGAGAAGAGAGACUUAAAGCCAAUGGAUUCAUGGAGGCGUCCCUCCUUCCCGUGGCCUCUGUGCAGUCCCUGCAGCAGGGGGAGGCUUCUGCUCCUGUUAUUGACCGUGCGUUUGGGGAACUGUGCUGAUAAAGCAGAUGAUGAGGAUGAUGAAGAUCUAACAGUGAACAAAACCUGGGUACUUGCACCAAAGAUUCAUGGUGGAGAUGUCACUCACAUAUUGGAUUCCUUACUUCAAGGCUAUGACAGUAAACUUCGGCCAGAUAUUGGAGUGAGAACUACAGUAAUUGAAACAGAUGUCUAUGUUAACAGCAUUGGCCCAGUUGAUCCAAUCAAUAUGGAAUACACCAUAGAUAUAAUUUUUGCCCAGACUUGGUAUGAUAGUCGCCUAAAGUUUAACAGCUCAAUGAAAGUGCUUAUGCUUAAUAGCAAUAUGGUUGGAAAAAUUUGGAUUCCAGACACUUUCUUCCGGAACUCAAGAAAAUCUGAUGCUCAUUGGAUCACAACUCCAAAUCGUUUGCUUCGAAUCUGGAGUGAUGGACGAGUAUUAUAUACUCUGAGGUUGACAAUUAAUGCUGAAUGUUAUCUUCAGCUUCAUAACUUUCCUAUGGAUGAGCAUUCCUGUCCUCUGGAGUUUUCAAGCUAUGGAUACCCCAGAAAUGAAAUUGAAUAUAAAUGGAAGAAAACCUCUGUUGAAGUCGCAGAUCCCAAAUACUGGAGAUUAUACCAAUUUGCAUUUGUAGGGUUACGAAAUACAACUGAAAUUUCUCAUACUCUGUCUGGGGACUAUAUUAUCAUGACAAUCUUCUUUGAUCUGAGCAGACGCAUGGGAUACUUUACUAUUCAGACAUACAUUCCUUGUAUACUAACAGUUGUUCUUUCAUGGGUCUCAUUUUGGAUUAAUAAAGACGCUGUGCCUGCAAGGACAUCAUUAGGUAUUACUACAGUAUUGACUAUGACAACACUAAGUACAAUUGCUAGGAAAUCUCUCCCCAAGGUUUCAUAUGUGACAGCAAUGGACCUUUUUGUUUCAGUUUGCUUCAUUUUUGUGUUUGCUGCCUUGAUGGAAUAUGGCACCUUGCAUUACUUCACCAGCAACAAAAAAGGGAACAAAGAGAAAGAAGAGUCAUCAAAACACAAGCCAGCUAAAUCGUCUGCAGUUGCUGUCAGUCCUAGAUCAACAUUAAUAGCAAUUAACAACAUUAAUCACCUCCAACAGCGUGAUGAGGAUUAUGGAUAUGAGUGCCUGGAAGGCAAAGACUGCACCAGCUUUUUUUGUUGUUUUGAAGACUGCCGCACAGGUUCUUGGAGAGAAGGAAGAAUACACAUCCGUGUUGCCAAAAUCGACUCCUAUUCUCGAAUCUUCUUUCCAACAGCCUUUGCCUUGUUCAAUCUCGUUUAUUGGAUUGGUUACCUUUACCUAUAAAUUCCAGAGGUUUGACAAACUCAGAAAAGGGAUAACUUAACACUGAUACUGUUUAAUGUACCUCAGUGAACAAUAUAGAAUUAGAGCUGCUCAAAAUUUCUGAAAUUCGCAUGAAAAUUGAAAUUCUUGAAAAAAUGAAAGGAAAUAGAAUGACAUUUUCUUACUUUUCCAUCUCUAAUUGAUCAAUUAUAUAGCUAAUUUUUAACUUUUGAAAUUAGGGGCAAAACUUUCAAAAAACGUUUUUUGAAUUUUUUUCUUUUGUCCAGCUCUAACAAAAAUGCAGAGAAACCAGUGGUUAAAUGGCUGAAUCAGGCACCUCUUCAUAACUUUUAAUUAUUUUUUUUAAUGGAAUAACGGCUAACAUUGUAGCAUCUCUUACACCAAAGUUAACAAAGCCUUAAUGAAAUAGGUGUAGCAGCACUGUUAUUGAAUCAUUUUCAUUUCUACCUUUUCUACCACAGAGUGACUUUUAAAAAUAAAAAACACCUGAACUUUUAUAAAUUCCUAUUUUAAAGAGGUUGGCGUGGAAUAUUCCUCUGGUCCAUUUAACCAUUUGUCCUCUGCAUAAUACUGUUAACAAGUACAUGUAAACCUGAAUGCAGUUAAUUAGCACUUAAUGAAUGCGGCAUGAAACUGACGUGUUAUAUGAAGGCGAUAGUAAUUCUGAACUGGUGUGAUCCUGACUAUCACAUAAGUUUUGUGCUUAGAACUUGGGUUAAGUUUAUGCUUGCACUUUGCCCAUCAUUACUUAGCUAUUGGUAGUUUCCUAGGGUUCCGAAAAAAGGAUCCUUAACUAAUGUAAAUCGGCGCAGCUCUACUGAUUUCACCAGAACUAUUCCACUUUAAACCAGAUCAGGAUCUGGGUACUGAACAUAGUGCUUCUCCUUCCUUUCUCCUGCUCUCUUCCCCCAACUAGUCUAAUUCAUUUAUAUGGACUACCCAGGGUUGUAAAAACCAUUGUGCUCAGUAGACUUUGUACGACUUGGGGCCAGCUAUUGUUCUCCCAAACUCUACCACUGCCAUAGUCAUUACAUUCAGAGGCAUUACUUUCCAACUCCAGCCCUCAGAACAAAGAGCAUGGCCUCCUUCACUUCCUCAGAAACCCAUAUUGUUUACAGGAUAAUCCAAAAUGGUAGUGCUUCUAUUGAUUCUGUUCAUCUCUGUGUGUCUCCUUCUGAGUCAAUACUAAAAAGCAGCAGUUUUAAUACUCUUGUAAUAUGGAUUGAUUUAUAAUGGCAGUUGUAAUAAUUGUAUGUUUAAUUGGAAAUGUGUGUUGUUCAGAAAGAAAAAUAAUUAUGUAUUUCAGGUAAUUCUUCAUGGUGUGACACAUCCCUAAAAAGAAUAGGACCCUGUCAUGCACCCCCUUCUCACUGAGAUGUUCCAUUGACAAGUGGUGGACUUGCCACACUGAGCUCACCACUUGUUGAAUAUUGUUGGCUGGCUAAAUUAAUUAGCACUUUUGUAAUUAAUUAGCACUUUUGUAUCAUAAAUCAUUUUGUCUUUACUGCAGAAAAAUACAAUCUUUUCUGCUUUCUGACCUUUCAUGGACAAUGAAACUGGCCUCAAGCUAACCCUCAAAACUCAGCUGUGUAAUUGAAGAAUUCCUUAACUAAAACUCAGACAAAAGAGUCCUUGAGGAUACUUUAAAAGGGAUGUGUGGCACAAGGCCUUAGUGCAGACUUCACUGUAUCAGAGGAUAUCUCCACAAAACAUAAAGAAAAUAACUGAUAAAUUGAAGGAGACAAAGAUUUACCAUUUUAAAGGGGAAGACUCUAGAGUUCUAUUGAAAUCAUCCCUUCUCUGGAUGUGUCUCACAAACAUACUGUAUCCUUAUAGUCAUUGGUACCAGAAACAAUGUGGUGUGAUGUACAUUCCACACUGAAUUCAGAGGUCCAGAUCCUCAAAAAUAUUUAGGUGUCUAACUCCCUUGAAAUCAAUGUCAGACUUCUUUUACUGGGUGACCUUUUCAGAGCUCAGAGCUUCUUCUACCUGUUAGAAUGAGGGUAAAAGUGAUGCAGCAUCUAAAGAUGUUUUCUAAUCUACUAUCAUUUUAUUAUUGCUUAACAGUCCAGUUUCUGGGACAUGUCAAAAAAAUUUGAAAUGAGCCAGUUCCAACUACCAGUGCAGUUGUGAUGUUUUCACUGUGCAUUGGGAAUGUGGUGAGGGUGGUUUCAAUAGCAGUAGAUUAAAGGAAAGUGAAGGGUAUUGUGCUUAAGGGUACCACUAAAGGCCUUAGCCUAUGAAGAGCUAAGAUCCACCAACUCCCGUUUAAGCAAACGGUGCUUAGGGAGCUCAGCACUUUGCAGGAGGAAAUCAGUACUUCACUGCUGCAGAGGGAACCCUCUCUUGGCACAUCCAAGUUAGUUAUUUCUAUUUCAUUUAGUUGUCAGUUGCCGGUCAGCUCCAGUGAAUGAAUUAGUAAAGAGAGAACAUCCUGAAUUGGCAGGGGAUGGACAAGAAGUCUGUCAUCUCUAAUUUGUAUGAAACAAUGUAAUGGGGUAUUAAAGCUAUUGAAUGUUAGGGCUGUUUGGCUUAUAAAAACACUUGUUUCUGUCUGUUAACUAACUUUUGUGUGUACCUCAUUUGUUUCUGGUGAAAACAUUUCAGGUUUUCAUAGUACUGUGUGUGCAAACAGAAAUGGGAAUGCAGGGAACUAUAACUUGGCAUGCAAUAAAUGUGUUGAUUUAUCCCUACAUGUUUCCUUUCUAGUCUGCAUGGAAACUCUCCCUAGAUACCAAGACAUCUAACUGAACUUAAUGAAAAAUGACAGGAAGCAGAGAUUAGAUGUGAUCAUCUUUCAAAUACACAUAGCUAUCAAAGGGAGAGUGGCUUAUUUGCUGAGGUAUGCUAUUGUCAGAUUUGGAGGUUUGGAGUAGUGCAUUCUGGCCUCAAUUCAGCACAGCACUUAAGUGCAUGCUUAAGUCCAUCCCUGUUCAGAACAAUACUUGGACUGGAUUCAGAAAAGCACUUGCGCAUGUGCUUAAGUGAUCUCAUGAAUAGAGAUGUUUUCCUAAAAUUAGGCCUUAAACAUAUGUUUAAAUCCCAUUGAUUUCAAUAAGCAGUACUUAAAUGACUGAGCCCUACCAACAUGAUCCAAAGCAUAUUUAAGUCAAUGGGAGGUUUUCUCAUUGAUUGCAAAGGGCUUUGGAGCAGCUGCCAUAUAAAUGAAGAGGGAUGGGAAAAUGGAAAUAGAGAAAACUGCAUGAAACCUGUGCUUCAUAGACUUGAGACAUUUCUGAAAUGUAUCUUGUGAAAGACCGUAAGUGAUACUCUUAUAGUCAAGUGAUCAUCUCUCUGUUGUGAGUUAAUGUAGCUAAAUGUGUUAUUUUGCAGCAAGGUUCGGUGUAUUUGAUUGUAUUUCACUCAUUAGCCUCAGUGUUUGAACGUUUUGUUUUAUGUAGUGACAGGACCAAGCAAAAAAAUGUGAACUCUGAUUACUGUGCUUCACACAAUUUCUUUCAAUAUGCUUUAUAGGCCUGGUCCCUUGUCUUAUGACAUGGAAUGUUGCAACAUUUUAAGGGAGAAUCACUUCAGACAAUGUUGUUUUGCCACUGUAAUUACCUGUUGCUUACUUGUUAUGUUAAUGUAUGGUUUGUUUUAAGAUGAUAUUUGAAAGAUGCUUUGUAAUUUGGUCAUAAAAAUGUGAACUCUUAGCCUGUCUUUCGUAUCAAAAGCUCACGGAAAAGAUUUAUUUUUUAAAUAUUUGUAUAAAACAAGAUACUUUGUUUCAGUGUCCUUCACCAUCACAAUUCAUAUUUUCAGACUUACUGCAAAUAAGCCUAAUUUAUAUAUUUUUAAAAUCCUUAUCAGUGUUUAAAGUUAAAUUGCACACUGUUGUAAUUCUUCGUUGCAUAGUCAUACUUUCAAAAUGAUAUUUUAUCUGUUUUUAUUGUAUUCAUCUAAAAAUGCAGCUUCUAAUGAUUAUGCAUACAGCCAAUGGAAAGCAAAAUCAUUGUCCAUGAGCUAAAUUAAACAAGUUACUAAAAUACAAGAACAGAACUUGACAGAAUUACUUUGCUUUCAUUUCUGUAGAAGCUUAAAUCUCCAACGCACCUUGAUAAACAUGGCAACGAAGCAAUUCACCGAGGUGUAGAAGUCUCACACCAGCAGCUCUGCACAAGUAAAGCAUCAACGUGGCAGAGUGCAUGCACUGUAAGAUAUGG